CAAAGCAUCGACGAAAGCAAAAAAAGAUAAAGAUAACCAUAGAUCUAUCAUCCAUGGAAAUUCCAAAAGCUAUCUUCUCUUUAGCCAUCCUUGUCAUUCUCUUUGCCGUUUCGAGUAGCCAACAUGUCUGCAAUCCACUAUGCAAGGCUAAAGAACCAUUCAACUGCGACAAAAUUGAUACAUUCAACCGAACUGGAUUCCCAAAGAACUUCAUUUUUGGUGCGGCUACUUCUGCAUACCAGAUUGAAGGUGCUGCACAUAGAGCACUGAAUGGAUGGGACUAUUACACCCAUAGAUAUCCAGAAAAAGUUCCGGAUAACAGUUCAGGAGACCUUGCUUGUGAUUCGUACAAUCUUUAUAAGGACGAUGUCGCACUACUAAAAAGAUUGAAGGCUCAAGCAUACCGAUUCUCAAUAGCGUGGUCAAGGGUCUUACCAAAGGGAAAACUGAUUGGAGGACUGGACGAGAAUGGUAUAACAUACUACAACAAUCUCAUCAACGAGUUAGUAGCAAAUGGCAUAGAACCAUAUGUGACUAUAUUUCAUUGGGAUGUUCCCCAAACUUUGGAAGACGAAUACGGAGGCUUCUUAAGCCCACGUAUAGUGGAGGAUUUCAAAAACUACGCGGAGCUUCUAUUUUCCAGAUUCGGAGACAGAGUCAAAUACUGGAUCACUUUGAACCAGCCUUUCUCUCUUGCAACUAAAGGUUAUGGAGAUGGAUCGUAUCCACCAGGACGAUGCACAGGCUGUGAAUUUGGAGGAAAUUCUGGAACUGAACCUUAUAAAGUUGCACAUCACCAACUUCUAGCUCAUGCAGAAACUGUAUCUUUAUACCGAAAAAGAUAUCAGAAAUCUCAAGGUGGUAAGAUAGGAACGACACUCAUCGGAAGAUGGUUCACCCCAUUAAACGAAACUAGCGAUCUCGACAAAGCUGCUUCAAAGCGGGCAUUCUCUUUUAUUGUCGGAUGGUUCUUAGAUCCAUUGGUGUACGGAGACUAUCCAAAGAUAAUGAGAGAUAUGGUUGGAGAUAGAUUGCCAAGAUUCACACCUGCACAAUCGGAAUUAGUUAAAGGAUCACUUGAUUUCCUAGAUUAUCGUAAUGGAAUUCCUAUUGGCGUUCAGGCUCCUAGCUUUGUGUACUAUCCUCCAGGAUUUCGUAUGAUUCUAAGUCACAUCAGACAAAACUACGGAAACCCACUUACCUACAUCACGGAAAAUGGAGUUGCUGAUUAUGGAAACUUAACGCUUCCAGAUGCUCUUGCCGACAACGGACGAAUUCAAAAUCAUUGCAGCCAUCUUUCGUGUCUCAAAUGCUCCAUCGAUGAGGGAUCCAACGUAAGAGGAUAUUUUGCAUGGUCAUUGAUGGACAAUUACGAAUUCGGAAAUGGUUACACUCUCCGGUUUGGUAUGAACUGGGUCAACUUCACUAAUCCUAUUGAUCGAAGAGAAAAGGAUUCUGGCAAAUGGUUCUCUAAAUUCGUCGCAAAAUAAAACGGGGAAGCGAUAGACGUAAGUUAAUUACAUGUAUCCAACCUCCAAAUCUAAUAACUAUUGUACUAUAUGUGUGUAUUGUUUAUCUUUUAAAGCUUGUAUGUGUCGUGCAUGUUGUUAAUUGCACGUUGUAAUAAUCUGGCCUUAAUUCUCGGUCAAUUCAUAUAUAAAUCAAAAUUUCUAUGAACCUUGUGUU